GGCACCUAUUACUGCGUGAAGUUCCGCAAAUCGCUGCUUAGUGCUGAGUUUUUUCGGCGUGGAGGGGGCACGGAGGUGUUUGUGCAAGCCAAACCCACCACCCCGGUCGUGUCCGGCCCCAGCCGCAGAGCGGAGCCGGAGCAAUCGGUGUCUGUCACCUGCACGGCCGGAGGGUUCUUCCCCAGUGACAUCAGUGUGAAAUGGCUCAAGGACGAGGCCCCGAUCUCAGCUCAGCAGCCCCAGAUCACCCCUGGGCGGACCAAAUUCUCCUACGACAUGUCCAGCUCCGUGACGAUGAUGCUGCAGAAGGAUGACGUACGCUCGCAGCUCACCUGUGAGGUGCAGCACCCCACGCUGACGGCCCCACUGAGGGGGCUGUACCAGCUCAGAGACGCCCUGCGAGUCCCCCCCAGUGUCCGUGUGGCCGCUGACCCGCCGAGCCCUGUUAAGCUGAACAAGACGGUGAACAUGACCUGCCUCGUGGAGGGCUUUUACCCGGGAGUCGUGACCGUCACCUGGCUGGAGAACGGGACGGAGAUGAAGGUGGAGAACAACUCGGGGCCAUCAGAGACCUCCCUGGGCUUGUUUGAGCUGAGGAGCUGGGUGGAGGUCCAAGCGACGUCGGAGAAGAACGGGUCCGUGUUCACCUGCCAAGUGGUGCACGAUGCCCAGGCCCCCAUCAGCAGGAUGGCCACCUUGCAGAUCGCUGCCCUAGCCACAGACGGACCAAGCACCUG